AGAGGGGAUACUCCUUUCUCAAGUCUUUAUGCUGUUGUCUCUCUUCAGUGAUUUUUUUUUUUUUUUCUCCUGAUCUUAACUUCUUUUCCUGUUCCACACUGAUGUAAAUUGCCUCAUGUUUGGAAACAAACAGUGGCUUCAGCCAGGCUCAGUAUUGCACAGUCACACCUUCCACUUUCUCUGUUUACAUAUUAUAUUUCUUCAGGUCUGUUGGAUCAGUUCUUGGAUCCCCAGCACGGUUCCCCCUGUGGUCUCCUGAAGCUCGGAGGUGUCACACCUCCAGCUCUCCUGCCUUACCCAUUUCAAAGCAAGCAUAACCCAAAACCUUAAGGCCAAGGAGAAGUUCAGGCAGAAAGGAUACACUUAUAUAGGAAAUGUAUGGAUGUAUUUUUUAGUAGUGGGAAACACUGAAGGUCUGAAGACAAACACAGAGGUCUGAAAUACACUAAUGGCAAUGAAAUCAGCUGGGGCUGCCAGAGACUUGCAGUAAUGUCCAAUUAAUAUAUUAUGGAGUCACGUAAUAGAUAUGUAUCUAUAGGUACGUAAUAGAUAUGUGAUCAGUAGCUCACGGGAGCCUAGAAAUUUAUCUCAGAGAUAUCAAAAUGUGAAUGGCAACAUUUCCUAAUUAAACAAAAGAAAACCCAACCACUGGGUGAAGCAUCAGAUGGAACAAUGUUAUCAGACCUCGCUGGGCAAACACAAGGAAUGUAUAAAACGAGCUGCUCCAAGGGAGAGUGGCACCUUUCCUCCACCUGCCUUCCACGAGCAAUGGAUCUCAAAGUGGUCUGCGUGCUCUCCGCCAUCCUUGUCAUAGCCCUCAGCACCUUGGCAGAGGGAAAGGCACCACCAACAAGGUGCCAGUGCAAACAGGCCCCCAGGGAGCGGAGGAACUGUGGCUACCCAGGAAUCUCAGCAGUGGAGUGCAGGAAAGCUGGGUGCUGCUUCAACGCUUCAGUCCCUGGUGUUCCCUGGUGCUUUGCUCCUAAAGUAAAGAAAGUUAGGAAAGUAUGUCCCAACGAUGCUCCCAUCAGGAUAAACUGCGGCUUCCCUGGCAUCACGGCUCAGGAGUGUGAAAGGAAAGGCUGCUGCUUCAGGGCGUAUCCCGCUGGCGUCCCCUGGUGCUUCUACCACCGCAUGAUGGAGGAAGCUUGUUAAAGGAGAAACUUCCAUCAGAACCUUCUGAUCUUCGGACAUACUCCAAUGGGAAACAACAGCUGAGAGUCCCAACUCAGACUUUACAGUUUGCAAUAGCUAUGAUUUCCAGGUCAUUUUUACCUUGGAUUGACUCCUUUCUGAUGAAAAGUUACUUGCAGCUUUUAUUCUUUCAGUAGGCUAGUACCAAGCAGGUUUUCACUGUAAUAAAAGAACUAAGACACAA